UUGCCUUCAAGAUAUCGCCACUCUUAAGUUUGAUUCGUCCUCGUAACGAUGUCAAAAGCGACUGCUCUGUUGUUGGUGAUCCUGACCGCCCUCCACGGCUCCGAACCGCAGGUGAAGUGCACUGGCCUGUCCAAGUACUUUGUUCCGAAUUUCACCGCCAACUGGUUCAAAGCGAGCGAGUACUGCCACUACCUCGGCAUGCGACUGGCCAUCGUGGCCAACCAGCGGGACCAGGCCAACCUGAUCGAGCUGGUCAAGGGCACGGACAAGUACGGCAACGCCAGCACCGAGUUCUGGAUCGGGGCGAGUGACCUCGCCGAGGAGGGCCACUUUUACUGGCACGCCAGCGGGACCAGGGUGUUGUUUGCAAAUUGGAAGCAAAAUCAGCCGGACAACGCUGGGAAGGUGGAGCAUUGCGUCGAGGUUCGGUACAUUCCGGCGCACGGCUGGGUGUGGCACUGGAACGAUCGGGACUGCUUGCAGAGGCGGUACUUUGCGUGUGAGGCGCUGGAGAUCGGCAAGGAGAUUACGCUGUUUUGAGGCGUUGUUGUUAUCGCAGGCUUCAUGAAAUAAAGUCAAAAAAUCCCCUUUCGACUUCAACUUCAGUCUCGAAUCACAGUUCUUCUGAUAGAGAUGUCGAAGUUGGUUCUACUGUUUCUGAUUGUGGCUGCGUUCCAUAGCUCAGCACAACUAGCUCGUUGCAUUGGACUUCACAAGUAUUUCUUCCCAAACUUUAAGGUUCGUCUUCCAAAUCCACUUUUUCAAAACCUCUAACCAAGAAAUUCCAGGCAAACUGGUUCAAGGCCAAUGAGUAACGUCAUGAUUCGAAUUCCCGGACGCUUCGAAACCCGGACACUUCAUUUUGUUUUAUCAAUUAUUUGAAUAUAAGUUCGCAUUAUGAAUGCCAAAACUGUGUUAUUUGAUGAACUCCAAAAUCAACUUUAAUUUAAAGUUUGUUUGAACGCUGUAGUUAAUGCCAAAACAAUUAAAUACAAUAAAAUUAUAAGUUU